GGAGCCCAGGGGCUGGGGACACUGCCCACAAGGAAUGGGGAGUUGACCCGAACGACUCCUUUGGGCCUCAUUACCUCGUCACAGUGGGAGAGGUGGGGUUUGGGAAGGAGGCUGUGGUGUCAGGAGAUUCUAUUUUCUAGCUGUGAGACCUCCCUGAGCCUCAGUGUCUUCAUCUGAAAAAUGGACACAUCAACUGUGUUGUCCCUCAGGCCAAAUGUGGGUAAUGUAUGUAACAUUCCUCGUACAGGACCUUCCCAGAGCAGAUGCUCUGUGAUUGGCAGCCAUUGUUAUGAUUACUACUUACUGUACCACGACUGAUGUCCUUUCCUGGACAUAGAUUGAGCACCUUUGGUGUACUAGGUCUGCUGUCCUGUCUGGAGCUGCACCUGGCAGUGGUGGGAAGAGUGGCCCUGCCCUAGUGCAGCACGGGGGCUGGAUUCCACACGUGCUGGACAGAAGCCCAUGUGGCGAUGGGGACGAGAUUGCUCGCUGCGUCCUGAGAGAAAUGGUCAAUCUUAUGAAAUCCGACUGCUGGAGAAUCGGAAGCUGGGAGACUUUCAAGAUCUGAACACAAAAUAUGUCAAGAGCAUCAUCCGCGUGGUUUUCCACGACCGCCGGCUGCAGUACACGGAGCACCAGCAGCUGGAGGGCUGGCGGUGGAGCCGGCCUGGAGAUCGGAUCCUGGACAUCGAUAUUCCACUGUCUGUUGGUAUCUUGGACCCCAGGGCCAGCCCGACCCAGCUGAACGCCGUCGAGUUUUUGUGGGACCCUUCAAAGAGAGCCUCUGCGUUCAUUCAGGUGCACUGUAUCAGCACUGAGUUCACCCCGAGGAAGCACGGGGGCGAGAAGGGUGUGCCUUUUCGAGUACAGAUUGAUACAUUUAAGCAGAACGAGAAUGGGGAGUACACGGAACACUUGCACUCGGCCAGCUGCCAGAUCAAGGUGUUCAAGCCAAAGGGAGCUGACCGGAAACAGAAGACCGACCGGGAGAAGAUGGAGAAAAGAACCGCGCAAGAGAAGGAGAAGUACCAGCCGUCCUAUGAAACCACCAUCCUCGCAGAGUGCUCUCCGUGGCCUGACAUGGCCUACCAGGUGAACAACGCCCCAUCCCCAAGCUACAAUGGCUCUCCAAGCAGCUUUGGUCUUGGCGAAGGCAAUACCUCUCCGACCCACCCGGUGGAGGCCCUGCCCGUGGGCAGUGACCACCUGCUGCCGUCAGCCUCCAUCCAGGACGCCCAGCAGUGGCUCCACCGCAACAGGUUCUCGCAGUUCUGCCGGGUCUUUGCCAGCUUCUCGGGUGCUGACUUGUUGAAGAUGUCUCGAGAUGAUUUGGUUCAGAUCUGUGGCCCUGCAGAUGGGAUCCGGCUCUUUAAUGCCAUCAAAGGCAGGAAUGUGAGGCCCAAGAUGACCAUUUAUGUCUGUCAGGAGCUGGAGCAGAACCGAGCACCCCUACAGCAGAAGCGGGAUGGCAGCGGGGACCCCAGUCUGUGUGUGUACCACGCCAUCUUCUUGGAAGAGCUGACCACCUUGGAGUUGAUUGAGAAGAUCGCCAACCUGUACAGCAUCUCCCCCCAGCACAUCCACCGAGUCUACCGGCAGGGCCCCACGGGCAUCCACGUGGUGGUGAGCAACGAGAUGGUGCAGAAUUUCCAAGAUGAAUCCUGUUUUGUCCUCAGUACCUUAAAAGCCGAGAGCAAUGACGGCUACCACAUCAUCCUGAAAUGUGGCCUCUGAGCAGGAGUAGAGUGUGCGGCUGCCUCCAACUCCCAGCCCCAUGGACCCCUUGGAUGUAGAAAUUGCACCACUGUAAGCUGCGGCCUUACCUGGGAAGCUGUGGCUAGGAAGGAGCUUGCCUGGUCUAUGAAAGCCACAGACCAACAACCAGCAGAAACCCGUGGAUGCAAAGUCUCGGGCAUGCAGAAAGCCAAUGGCUCCUCUCUCCCUUCCUCUUGGCCUCCAGCUUUUGAUUGGUCCCUUGUUCUUUCUUCCAGCCCUGCCCUUCUCAAGAGGCAAACAGUGGGGACAUCUCUGAAAUCCCUUGCUCUCUUAGUUGGAGGCUAGUUUGCUGGAUAUCUUGGUGCCAACUGUAUUGGUUCCUUCUGAGCACUCUCUUGCUCCAGAGAAAGCUCUGCCUCACCCCCAAACCUUCACCUUCUUCUCUGGUAACUGGCUCUGUGACCAGGACUGCUGACUAGGUGGGGGCAGUUUGCCACCACUCUCCUAUCUUCAUGUUAGUUUCCCUUCUCAGUGACCCUGGUGAACAUCCGUCUUUCCUGUUCUUGGAUGGAUUGAUGGGAGUGGGGUUUAUGCUCUGCCUCCUGCUUCUUUCACCUUUACCUUGUUUCUAAGGGUCUGCUACUGCAGAGCCCAGAGAUGGGCUCAUGUCUCUGCAUUGGUGUGGUAGACACCACAAUACACGUCUGGGACCUGCUACACAGACCUAGUUCUAAAGCCCUUGGGAGAGAGAGGGGGAGGAUGGAAAGACUGCUCAGGCACAUACUCAUGAGUACAAAAGGGAUGAGAACAGAAUGAUUCCUCUUGAGCUGCUUUGAUAUAAUUUUAUUUCCUAAGCAAUCACGGGUAAGGAGGACUGAGAAAUGAGCAUUCCAUUUGAUAAUCAGAUGACCAGGCCCUCUUGGAUGGACUUAUCAAAUCCCAUUUAGAGAAGACCUUGGUUAACCACUGCCAAACUUACCAAGUUUCCUAGGGACCUCGUAUUUUCUGUGAGGGCCCCCAUUUAAAUGUUUAUCUUUCUUCAUUUGUAGGGGUGUGUUUAGGGCAUUUUGCUUGCAUUGGAGUGGUUGGAUCACCUUCCUUAGUGGCCUAACUGUGGGGAAAUUUGAGUAUCAGUAACUGGCAGGCUCAGGAAUUAGUCUUGGGGUCACUUGUUUCCCAGGACCUGGUGAUCUGUACUGGCCCAGGGCUUCCACUCUUUGCUAAUUUAGGUUCGUCUUCCUAAGCGUGGUGAACCCUGUGACCAACUGAGCAGGAUUUUACAGCUUCUAAAGUGGAGCUUUUGGGGAAUAUAGUUCUAGGAUCAGGGAUUAUCAGAACUGGGUAGACCUUGUUUUACAGAUGGAGAAACUGAAGCCCAGCAGGGCAAAGCCACCUGCCUGAUAACACAUAGUGAUGGGGUGAUGACGUGAAUUUAUCAUACAAACCAGGACACUUCGGAGAGUGAAUGAGUCUCUAUUAUUAAUUAGUUUGGGACCACAGGUGUUGUGUUCCUACAGAGUAAGGAUGGGCUCCUGAUUCCUUUUCCUUUUUGUGGGGGGAGGGAGGAUCAUGGAACAGCUACAUUGAGAUAUAAUUCACAUAUCAUACCCAGUUUACCCAUUUAUAGUGUACAAGUCUAUGGUUUUUAGUAAAAUUCACAGAAUGACAUAAUUAGUGUUAGAAUACUUUCAUCGCCUCCUGAAAGAAACCGUGUUUGAGCAAUCACUCUCCCACUUUUCCCCCAGCUCCCCUAGUCCCAGGCAACCAUGAAGCUACUUUCUAUAUGGAUUUACCUGUUCUGGACAUUUUGUGUAUAUGGAGUCAUAAUAUGUGGUCUUGCGUGACUAGCUUCUUCCACUUAACAUAAUGUUUUCUCGGGUCUCCAUGUUGAACAUGUAUCAGUACUUCAAUCCUUUUUAUAGCUGAAUAGUAUUUCAUUCUGUGGAUAGACCACAAUUUGUUUAUCCAUUCAUCACCUGAUGGACAAUUGAGUUGUUCCUACUUUUUGGCUAUUAUGAGUAAUGCUGCUAUGAACGUAUUUGUACAAGUUUUUGUAUAAACAUGUUUUCAUUUCUUUUGGGAAUAUACGUAGGAGUGGAAUUCCUGGGUCACAUGGUAACUCUGUGUUUAACUCUUUGAGGAACUGCUAGACUGUUUUCUAAAGCAGCUGUACCGUUUUACAUUCCCAUCAGCACUGUAUGAGGAUUCCACUUUCUCUGCAUCCUCACUAACACUUACUAUUAUGUUUUUUUGGUUAUAGCAUCCUCGUGGGUGUGAAGUGGUAGUGCGUUGUGGUUUUGAUUUGCAUUUCUCUGAUGGCUAAUGCUGUUGAGCAUCUUUUCAUGUGCUUGUUGGCCAUUUGUAUACCUUCUUUGGAGAAUGUCUAUUCAUAUCCUUUGCCCAUAUUUAACUGGGUUGUCUUUUUAUUAUUGAGUUGUAUGGGUUUUUUGUAUGUUCUAGAUGCAAGUCCUUUAUCAGAUAUAUGAUUUGUAAAAAUUUUUUCCCAUCCUGUGGGUUGUCUUUACUUUCUGAUGAUGUCCUUUGAAACACAAACAUUUUUAAUUUUGAUGAUAUCCAAGAUACUCAUUUUUUUCCCUUGUUGCUUGUGUUUUUGGUGUCAUAUCUUAGAAACCAUUGCCUAAUCCAAGGUCAGGAAGAUUUGUGCCUAUGUUUUCUUCUAAGAAUUUUUAUAGUUUUAGCCCUCACAAUGGCCUUUGAUACAUUUUGAGUUAACUUUUGUAUAUGGUGUGAGGUAGGGGUCUAAUUUCAUUCUUUUGCAUGUGGAUAUCCAGUUGUUCCAACUCCAGUUGUUGAAGAGACUAUGGAAUCCCCUUGGAAUUGCCUUGGCCCCCUUGCUAAAGGCCCCUGAUUCUUACUGGAUCUUCUUUUCCGGGACACAGGCUGUCAUUGGGAAGCUCACUUUUUUUUUUUGUAACUUAGCCCAUGUUUGGCUCUACCGUUUUCACAACUGGCUUUCUCUUCUCUUCCUGCUCUCUCACCCUUUACCUGUCUCAACAAUACCAGGUCAUAUCACUUUCUGAUGUUCUGUACUCUUUCAUGUUCUAGUUCUACCCACUAGUCCUAGGGGAAGGUCAAUACCAGUCAUUUCCUUUUUUGAGGAAACUGAGUCACACAGAAGUGUAAUAACUUGACCAAGGUCACAUAGAACCAGAACUAGCCCUUUGGUCUUCUGACUUCCAGCCUUUCAAGGUGUCUAGUUUAGACCUAAGAGAGGCCACUUCCCAGGCCAAGUGAUGGCAGGCUAAAUUUUAAUUCUAAAAAUGUGGUAGGCUAAUAUUUUUAUUUCUUAAUUCCAAAUGAGGGUCUAAUAAAGAUCUGUUACAUUAAGUUUGCUGUUAAUAGAGUCUUCCAUUCUCUGAAACACCCACUGCCAUCUGUUGUUCUUAUCUUCUCCUAAUGGUUAUAGUUAAAUCUUGUGGUUUACAAAGAAGUAGAAAAUAAUAAAUACCAAAAAGGAACACACAUUGUAAUUUGGUAUGAAAAUGUUUUAGCCACCUAAUUCAGCAGCUUGUCCCUUCCAUAGGACUCAGAUGAACUAAAGCUGUAGGUUUUAUUUUUCUCAUUUUGUUAAAAUACAGAAAAGCCGUAGCACUUCCCACUUCUGUCCAUUGUCUUUCCUGUGAGCUCAGAGUCCAGAGAUCUGGGCCUGCUGGGCAGGGCAGCCCCUCCCAAGGCUGUACCCUCCACACCACCUAGUCUAGGCUGUGGCUUCUCCUUGGCAGCAGCAAUUUUUAAAAGUGAUCCCCAGGGGGAAAGAAGAUAUACACAUGUGCUCAGACCACCGUCUUGACCCAGGAGCCCAAAGCUGAGUUCUUUAUUCUCAGGCCAUCACAAGUGUGUGUUUGCAAGAUUGUGAUAAACCUUUUCCUGUUUACCAAGUUGCACCUUUGCAAUAAAGACCCAGAGACUUUUGAA